GGCCCGCGACCUGUCAUUCGGCGCGUAUCGCUACCGACACUUGCUACUGCAUUGCCAUCCUGAAGCCAUGAGCCAGCAGAAGAAGCGCGCAGCUACCGAAUUCUCGAGUGACGUGAAGCGCCACACGGCACAGCAGCACAAUGGCGAGGAAGAUUUGGUGUUCGAAGACCCGUUCGGUGACGACAUGGAGGACGAGGAGAUGGUCGAGAGUGACGGCGACGAGGAGGUCGUGGAUGGCGAAGCUGCUGGUGCUGACAAGGAUGUAGACAUGGACGGUGAUGAGCAGGCCGAGAAGAAAGUGAAGAAGGUGUUUAUGCCUGGUGUGGACAAGCUGCACGAUGACGAGGUGCUCGACUACGAUAGCAGCGCUUACGACAUGUACUACGCCAUGACAGCCGAGUGGCCGGCACUGAGCAUUGACGUCGUGCGUGAUAACCUCGGGGCCGUGCGCAGUCGCUUCCCUAUGACCGUCUUCAUGGUGGCCGGCACGCAAGCCACCAACGCUGACGACAACCAGAUCACGGUCAUGAAGAUGUCGGAGCUGCACAAAACCAAGCAGAACGACGGCUCAGACUCAGAGGAUGACGACUCGGACGAUGAAGAUGAGACGGAAGGCGAUCCCGUGCUUGAGUCGCGCUCCAUCCCGCACCCUGGUGGCGUGAAUCGCAUUCGUUGCAUGCCUCAGUCCUCUAACAUUGUAGCCACCUGGUCGGACCGCAAGAAGGUGCACCUUUGGGAUAUCGCCAAGCAGCUCGAGUCACUAGAUGGCAAGACUAGUGCUCCGUUACCAGCCAAGCAGGCUCCUGUAUACACGUUUUCGGGACACGCUGACGAGGGGUUCGCGAUGGACUGGUCUCCUGUACAAGCUGGUCGUCUCGUUACAGGCGACUGCAGCAAGUUCAUUUACCUCUGGGCUAACUCGGAAGGUGCAUGGAGUGUGGACAAGGUGCCGUUUACCGGCCACAAGAGCUCAGUGGAGGACCUGCAGUGGAGCCCCACCGAGGCGUCAGUGUUCGCUUCGUGCUCGUCGGACCGCACUGUGCGCAUCUGGGACACCCGGCGGAAGGCUGGCAGUAUGCUGGACGUGGCUGCUCACGACGAUGACGUGAACGUGAUUACGUGGAACCGCAACGUUGCUUACCUGCUCGCGUCCGGCUCGGACGAUGGCUCGUUCAAGAUUUGGGACCUGCGCAACUUUAAGGCCGACAACCCGGUGGCUCAUUUCCGGUACCAUACGGCCCCGGUCACGUCUAUUGAGUGGCAUCCGACCGACGAGUCGGUGCUCGCUGUGUCGGGCGCUGACAACCAGAUCUCGGUGUGGGAUAUGUCAGUCGAAGAAGAUGCCGAGGCUGCUGUGCCCAUCCAGGGUGAGAAUGGCGAGGCCAAGCUGGACUUGCCACCGCAGCUGCUGUUCAUUCACCAGGGCCAGACCGACAUCAAGGAGCUACACUUCCACCCGCAGUGUCCAGGUGUGCUCAUGAGCACGGCUGGCGACGGCUUCAACGUGUUCAAGCCCGCUAAUAUUUCGUAAAUAAGACCUGCGCCAUCGUUUGCGUCAAGCCCAA